AAAUUGUCGUUGGUGUUGGGUUAUAGUUUCAGCUACUGUACCUGUGAGAAACAGCAAUAAAUAAUUCAAUCUUUAAUUAAAAAUUGGUACUCUUGAAGUAUGUGAACCAAGAUGGCGGACACCGGAACGCAUUAUGUGUACCAGAUUAGAGUUACGCCAUACGCCAGGCUAUUUAUAAAAAGUAUGUUCUUGUUGAAAAAAAACAUCAAUUUCUAUGCAAUCCUUGAAUAAAGUUUGAAACCUCCUAUUAAUUGUAUGAUCAGUGCUACAUCGACCAAUUUUAUCUGCGGUCAUGUUUAUAUUAACAAACUGAUAACUUCUCUAACGUGUGUCUAGAAUAUUUCAGCUCUGAUUCUAUUGAGGUAUUAUUAAAUAAUAAAUUAGUUCGCAAAACAGAAUCGUCGAAUUUUCACUUACAAGCACGAUUUUGAAACAUUUAGCUAUAUGAGGUAGUUGAAUCAUCUAUAGAUUCUAGAAGGAUAUUAAUCAAGAUGUCAGAAACGACUGAAUUCAGAAAUAUGCCUGGGCCAUGGGGAUGGCCAUUGUUUGGAUCUGCUCUACAGCUCAAAUCGUUUGCUGAAAAAACUUUGCUGAAUUGGGCAAACCAACAUUAUGGAAAUAUAUUUCGAUACAAAAUGUUCAACCAAGAUUGCGUUGUUCUAAAUGGGUACGAUGCAAUAAAAGAAGGAUUGUUAACAAAUAAAAGUGAGAUGUCUGGUCGUAUUACCGGUCCAUUAUUCGAAGCCAUACGAGAUAAUCGAGGACUAUUCUUCAUUCAGUAUGGGGAUUCAUGGAAAAAUUGGAAACUAUUCGUGGUGAAAUCGGUAGCGUCGGUGAUGCCAGAUCUUCCCCAAAUAAUUUGUGAACAAGCAGAUGAAUUUUUGUCUGAAGAUUUGAAAGAUUUUAUUGAAAACGGAGAGUCUGUAGCUUUGGGAGAUUAUUUACUGUAUCGUAUGGCCCAGGUUGUUUUUCUUAGUUGUAUGAACAAAGAAUUUUUGUCAAAGAAGAAAAUGGAAUUGCAAGAGCUCUUGCCUUUGAUUGAAACUAUGAGGUUGCGCCCAAUAGCUCCAGGCGCGCUGUACCACAAAACCAUUUCAGAUACUGUAGUUGGUGGAUAUAAGAUACCAAAAGACGUUGUCAUUCAUCCAAAUUUGUGGAGUGUUCAUCAUGAUCUGAAGUACUGGGGGCCGGACGUCGAAGCUUUUCGCCCAGACAGGCAUUUGGACAAAGACGGAAAAUUUGUGAAAUCGGAUCACGUGAUACCAUUCUCAGUUGGAGAACGUAAAUGCAUUGGAAAACAAAUUGCAGAAGCUGAUAUCUUUGUCUUUUUAGCUACAACAAUGCUACGCUAUGAUGUGUAGUUAGACCCGGAGUACGAAGAUGUAGACAUGACUGGCAUAUCAUCUGCUAUACUGCAGUCUCCCGACUACAAAGUUAUGCUGACUCAUCGACAAACAAAACAAAAUCUCUGACAAUUUGUAUACAUAGCCUAAGAAAAUAUUAUUUAAUCCAGAUUUAAUUUACCUUUUUCUUAUGCUUUUUCAUUUACCUCAAAUGGUAAUUAAUAGUCAUAUAAAAGUCCAUAUAAAAAAUCUGCACCUGGCACGAAAUUUUAAAUAGCGUUUGUUGAGAAUAUAAAAAUUUUAAUGAGAAAAAGUAAUAUCACCAAGUUAACUUUAUCCGAGAGUUUCUGCUCAGCACAGAUAUCGAGUAUAUUUUCUCAUCAGUUUGCUAAGUUUACUGUCAUUUCUAAUAAUACAACAGUUUUAUUUGAAGAUAUUUGUAUUUGUUUAUACCUACUG